UUGUUUCUUCAUAAGACAUUCACACUUUCUUCAAUUCUCUCUCCCUCCUAUUACUAACUCUCUCUCCAACACCUCCUUCAUUAGGAAAGAGAGAAGCUAAGAUAGAAACAAAACAAAAGCAAACAUUUAUUGUACUUGAAUUAGUAGUGUUCAAUGAAGAGUGAAGACGAGCGCGUUCUCAUAAUCGUCAAAAGUUCACCAACUACAAGUAUGUCAGCGUCAUCAUCAUCUUCUUCUUCUUCUUGUUCUUCUUUCUCUCUAGCUAGCAGUGGUGAGCCUUUGUCAACAGCUCUAAGCUUGAAGGCACCAAUGGUUAGGCCUUAUGUCAGAUCCAGAAUGCCUCGAAUUUGUUGGACACCAGAUCUCCACCGUUGCUUCCUGCAUGCAAUCCAACGGCUUGGAGGAGUUGAUAGGGCGACGCCAAAGAUGGUUAUGCAGCUUAUGAAUGUUAAGGGGGUUACCAUAUCUCAUGUUAAAAGCCACCUACAGAUGUACAGGAGCGUGAAGCAGGAAGAGAUGAAACAAGCCGAAAGGAAGAAGAAAAUAACGGCAUCAAAAGAAUUGCUGCUGCUUUCUUCAUUGUCGUCGUCAAGCAUUAAACCAUUAAGGUGGACCGGUCAACAGAGUCUUCAGCAAGGGAGCUAUGGAAUUAGUUAUUAUACCGAAGAAUUUGCUCGCACCAGACUCCAAGAUCUUUGGAAUGAGCAGCAGCAGCAAGAGUCUCAGAAUUAUGCAAAGCUAGGGAGUAAUCAGUCUACUAUAGUUUGUAAGGAGAAUGAUGAACAGAAGACUCACACUUACAUCAUUUUCCGAGAUAUUCUCACACCCCACACUGCCCAAGGGAACAAUAAGGAUGGUGGGGGUAGAAAGGUGUCAUCAUCAGAAGAGAUUGGUACAAGUAGCAGAUUCGAAGAUAGAAGCGAGAAAGGAAAGAGAGUGAGAGUGUGUGAUGAAGGAAAAAACAACAUGGCGUCUCUGUCACAGAUGAUGAGUCCAGUUAGGAAUGAUAUCUCCCUUGAGCUCAAGCUUUCUUUAUCACAUCAUCAUCAUAUGCCAUAGGCCCCAUGAGGGGCCACUCCCCAGAACAAAUUAAUAUACAUUAAUGUUACCUUUCUGAAUUCUCAUCUGUUCCCCCUUCUGCUGCAACUAGAGUAUAUG